GCUAAAUUAAACGUUAUUUCUUUAAUACAAGACAAACCAAGUCCAACUUGUGGACAAAGAUCGCUUCACACAUUUCCAGCGUGGCUGUGUGACUGAAGUUUGACUAUGUGAGAAAAAGGCGGUGAAGUCAAUGGAAAACUCCCACUUUCAGUUUCGCAGUGUGGGAAUUGUGUUGAAUAUGAAGACGGUCCCUAAAUGAGGCUGGUGCAGGGUUAUCAAACCUCCAUCAUCUCCACUUUUAAAAGUAAAGUUUCACCGUCUUGGCUUUUCAGCCAAAGUUGCUCCAGGUCAUGGAGAUCGUACGUCAACAUAAGACCACCCUGAUUAGGAUCCUGUCUGGAGAUGCCAAGUUUGUCCUGCAGCACGUGCACCAGGCCAAGCUCAUCACGGGGCACGAGUAUGACAACCUCAAAGACGACAUCAGUCAUCACAGUAGGCAGGACUUUGCCAUCAAUCUUUUGGACAAAAUGAUACAUAAGGGGGACAAACAAUGCCAUAAAUUCCUUGAACUUCUGGAGCAUGAUGAAAUGCAGGAAACGUUCCCUCUAUUGAAUGAUCUUUUAAUACCUCCAGCUUUAAGACAAGGUGUCCCAAAAAUCAAUGAGUACAAAAUCAAUGAGUACAAAAUGUCCAGCGAUCCUCGUGGUGCGUGUGUAAUCAUUAAUAACAUGCACUUUGAUAAGAGUUCAGGUCUUUCGCCUCGGAGAGGAUCAGAGGUGGAUGUAGCGUGUCUUGAUGAGGUUUUCAAGUGGCUGGCUUUUACUGUGGAGUUACACACUGACAAGACUGCAGUAGAGAUGAAGGAGAUCCUGAAGGAGCUCAGCCGGAGGGAGCAUAGCGGUGACUGCUUCGUGUGCUGCAUCCUAAGCCAUGACAGCGAAGGAGGUUUCUUUGGAACAGAUGGCCAGGUUGUUCGCCCUUCGGACAUCCUUCAGCCAUUUGCUAGAGCAAACUGCCCAAGCCUGGCCGAUAAACCCAAAGUGUUUAUCCUACACACUGGUUGGGAGCAACCGGAAUAUGCGAUUCCUGAUUCCGAUUUCCUGCUGGCUUUAGCGACCAUACCAGGAUUACAUUCCUACAGAAACACGUCCAGAGGAUCCUGGUUCAUCCAGUCGCUGUACAAAAUGCUGAAAGAAGGCUGCAAAAGGGGAGAAGAUAUCCUCACCAUCCUCAGCCAAGUCAUUGUGGAAGUGAGCACGUUUGAGACAAACCGCACUGCCCCUCCAAGUGUGUUUGGCCUGUCAUUCAGACAGAUCCCACACAUUGACCUCACCUUGAGAAGGAGACUUGUCUUUCAUGCGCCUGCAGAUUGAAUUGAGUUAUUUUUCUAUGAGCAUUUGUCUCUAAAAGUCUGGUCUGGUUUAGCUGUAAACCUUGUAUAAACCUCAGAGGAGCUCUUCAGAUUUUUUUAUCCUUUUUUACUGCUUUGUUUUGCUUUUGGUUUCUCCAUAAUGAUGCCAUGCUCCUAAUUCCUUUAUCUUGCAUUGACUGAGACUGUCAAUCAGAGAGACAGAGGCCUCUAACCCAGACCAACAUCCACACUUAUUAGUGUUCUGGCUUCUCAUCAACAAAAAGUGCACCAAGUGCAUUUUAAAUGUUUCUAAUGACUCUUUGUUUUGUCUAACUACAGUUUACUACACACGGCAGCAUUAGGCAUAUAAAGCAUCACAGGAGCGCCACUAGGGCAGUUUUAAGGGGUCCUUUAAAAUGUUGUUUAGCCCCCUAAAUAUAAACUAUUAGCUGAAAUUAUAACUUUUUUCCCCCACUUGAUUCCUCAUUCUGUCAUUUUACGGAAAAAAAGUCAUGGUGGGUGCCGCCCAUUUAAGGGGUUCAGCUCUUCUGAGGGACGUUCAAACUGAAUAGGCUCCUCAGUAGUGAGCUGGGUUCAUGAUAAGCUUAGCAUCAGUGUGUGCUUUCAUGCCACGCUGUUACAAACAUUUACAAACUUCAUUAAGUGGGGAAAAAAACUACACAACUACCGCCAUGGUCAAAGUGCGCAAGAUUUUGUUGUUGGGCUCUUUUAUGAUGAGUCGGGUGCUUUUCUCAGUAUUUCAGAACUUCACUGACAUGGUGAGCUCAUUUUUUAUGAAACAUUAACAGAAGAACUGCAUGAAGAAACCAAUCAUAAAGGUGUCUGUAUGCCUCCAAGAUGUAUCCUGUAUUCUAAACGUAUUCUGAGUAUCGCUGCUGUUGGAAGAAAACCUUUCAUCUCCGUUUUUGUUUUUCAGUUUUUGACAUAAUUUGAAAAUACCCGUUUCUUUAAAUUCAUUUCGUUAUGAACGGACUAAAAGAAAGUCCAAAAUUACUCGGGAGAACGUCUGGUUCCAUUGACUUACAUUAAAAGUAAAGCAGUUUUUUUUUUUUUGCUUUUUUUAAAGUUACAUGGUUUCCUUCCCACAACAGCAUUAUGUUACUUUUUAAUGUAAUUUAACUGAAUAUAUGACUCAAGACCUUUAGAACCUUUAGAGUAUUUAGUAUUCAACCAUCACCACGUUAUAAAGGAUUCUGCCCAACUUUGUGAAGCUGAACAUCUACCCACACUGCACUUCUGGUACCCAAAACAGGACAUUUAAUACCUCUGGUUUGAUAAAUACAGUCGUGUCAAGUCUUUGAGUGUUUGAGAUUGACACUUUUCACAAAGUUCAAUGUCUUUAGGUCUUUUUGUCAGGUGUUCCUUCGGUAUACGGAAGUAAAAUGAUAAGCAUAAGUUCUUUUUAACUUUUAUUCACAAAUACAUCCAAGUUUAUGCAAAGA